CUUAUUUGAUGUUCUGCAAUCUAUUUCGCAACGUGUUCUGUGCCAGUGUCUGCAUAGUUCUGUGAGCUAGCCACGGCUAGCGACGGCCCUUGCGACGGCUCCGAGCCUGACAGGCCAAGGCUGGCAGCGAGUGCGUGCGGCAUAGCGUCUGCCUGGCACUGCCCACGGCCGGACGCGUUCGGCGCAUACGACGUUUGUCUGCCCCAACGACGCUCGUGUUGGAUUACGUGAUGACCUUCCGCGCAGCAUCAGCACCGCGCGUCCGGUGCAUGUGGUGACAUCCGCCGCGACGCCGGCUUGAGGAGUGUUGCGCGCCAGACCUCCGCAAUGCGUUGGCAGCCGGCGGCGACGUAGGCGCGCCGUCUCGUCAUGUGCAACAUGGAACCCAGCGAUCGUCCCCGCGUCGGCUUCUGGUGGGGUGACAAGAAGAGCCGCGAGCUCAGCACGGAGGACUUCAAGCAAGCCUGCGCGUCCCAUGGGCUGGAACUGGUGAAGUUGGACCUGACUCGUCCCCUCGAGGAGCAGGGACCACUGGCAGCUAUCGUGCACAAGUUCUGCGACAUCCUUGUGCGAGCUGACCAUGGCGACACCGAGUGCCAGCACAUCACAGCCGAGUUUGAGCGCUUUUGCCGGGCCCACCCGAGUGUGGUGGUUGUCGACCCCUUGGAGAAUGUGCGCAAGGUGCUCAACCGCUUCCACCAGUACCGCCUGGUUGAGCAGAGCCCCCUGGCCACAACAGAAUGGAUGUUUGUGCCGCCCUUUGUGGAGCUCACUGGAGCAGACGUGGAAGCUGACCGGGCAACACUUCGACAGCACAGGGUCCAGUUCCCCAUUGUGUGCAAGCCACUGGUAUCGCAUGGCAUGAAGAGGGCCCACCAGAUGUGCCUAGUAUUUGGUGAGCACGGCUUGGCAAACCUGCAGGGCCCCUGCGUGGCCCAGCAGUUUGUGCCCCACGAGGGACGCCUGCUCAAGGUGUACGUGCUGGGACAGCGCUACCACCUCACGUGGCGGCCAUCGCUCAAGGACUUUGUGGCUGAUGACUCACCCACUAUUUUCUUCAACAGCCAGGAUGUUUCCAAGCCGCACUCCAGCUCUCCGCUCAAUGCCGAAGCUGCUCUGGAUGGCUUCAAGAAGAGGGUGCACGAAUUACGUAACAAUUUUGCAAGCACGUCCUAAAUAGUGUCUAGAGUGGAAUCCCGGUUGUAGAUCCCCAGAUUUUGCGACGUGCUGGACUUUAUGACAGAAUGGUGCAGUCCUGGUGAACUCUCCAUAAAGACAAUGCAUUAAAUACCUCACCGAUAUGGUACGAGAUUACGCACGUCCUGCCUCAUACGACAACUCAUGCAAAACUGUGAGCUUAAAUGCGUGAGAAGUGCCGUAGCUUCCUGCAGCUCCCUCUCAGCACUUUCCACUCUGCCAGGAACAAGUGCCGCACUGUUGGCUGCAUACUGGGAAAAGAAAAAGAACUCUGAAAGUGAUCACCCGAGAACACUGCUCUAGUGUGUAUGGAAAGUGUGAGAAGAUAUAACUGAUUACCCACUGGAAGGCACGCAGGUCCUAUCGGAUACACAUGUUCAUGUUUGUGUGUGCCCUGUGGUUAAAUAAACUGCUUACUACAAUGACCCCAUAGCGCAUUAUUGGCUAUAGCAAUUAAAUCUGGCUACUUGGACUCCCCGCAUUUGUUGCCCCUCCCAAGUCUCCUUCCCGCUCCUCUGACUUUGGUGAGAGGGUGAAACGAAGACGGGAGAGAAGCGCACAAUGCCAGCAAUGUGAUGCUACGCGUGCCUGCUGUGUGUGGAUAGCACAUGCUAGAAUUGAAUAGUCUUUGGAUGUUUUUUUUAUGUCCUCUAAGCUUUAUCUGUUUGACAUUUAAAUAUGCAUCGCAUUGACACCAGCACAGUGUACCCUUGCCAACAGUGCCGGGUUCUUGUUAGCAGACAGUACUGUCAACCAUGCACUCACAUGUAGCUAUUUGUAAAUCUGAGUUUAGUACCACAUAUUUGUC